GAGAGAGAGAGAGAGAGAGAGAGAGAGAGAGAGAGAGUAAAUAUGACAACCUGGAAGUGCAAUGUACGCAACAAAACCUCACGUCAUGUCAUCCUUUCGCAUGUCUUUGAUUGAAGUGACUGAAGUGAACAUGACUGAAGUGAGAUAUGAAAAAAGCAAAAGUGCACAAUUUAUGCAAAAAAAAAAAAAAAGGAAAAGAAAGAAAAAAAGAAAAAAAAAAGGUUAUCUAAGUUAUUUGAAUUAUUCGAGAGUACGGGUUGUUAUUUUCACCGAGUUUCUUGCCUAAUCUAUGUUAACCAUCUAUACUCCUAAUCAAGUGACAUAUUUUCCGAUUAUAUUCAGCACGUGUAUGUAGGCACAUGCAAGUUAAAAAGUUAUCCAGAGUCAUCCCGUGUGAUUUCCAGCUAUUUUCACCACCAGUAUUCAUUCCUUCCUUCACCAUUUCUUGCACCCUCCUUACAUCCUUACUUAUUGUACGAUUCCUACCCAUUUAUCAUCCCGUCGUGUGUAAUUUGUCCCCUCCGUUCCGAAUUAUUAGUGUGUCAACGUGCCGUGGAAUCGAUGGGACGCCUACACACACACACACACACACACACACACACACAGAUAAUGUCACCUUUCAUACGAUCCGCUAGAAGGCUGUGUUUUGGACGUAUUUUUGGCUAAAGUUUAUGAACUAUUUCACCGUGUUACCUGUAUACUUUUCCCUCGCUUCCUGUUGAAAAAUAAUAGGAGAAAUAAUUGUGGUGAUAAAAUAUGCUACGAAUACAGUGUUCAGAGAGAGAGAGAGAGAGAGAGAGAGAGAGAGAGAGAGAGAGAGAGAGAGAGAGAGAACGUGACAAGUGGCCUCCCUCACACAGGUGGUAGGUAACGAAAAGACAUGCCGCGUACGAUACUUUCCCCAGAGCGGCAGCAAAACAUAACCGCACCUCUGGCAGCGCCGCACCGGUUGGCAUAGUGAGGGCAAUCAACAAACCCCUCACCUGUGUUCCGGCCUUACCUGUAGCCCCUCCCAGGUACACAAGAUACACUAAUACACUAGACAUUAAAAAUCCCCACGUACACACACAAACAGGUCGAUAAUAAUGAGAAAAUAGCAAAAAAAUUAAAAGAAAAGUCACGCACACGCACGCAAGAGGGACUAAAAAUCGAAAUAUAAUGCUAUCAUAACACACACAGGCUAUAAUGCACUCUUCGGGGACGGCGUGCGAUCUUUAGUGACACGUAGACGAAGUAUUCUGAGAGGUAUCGGUCUUUGCACGCCGCUACGGACUUACGGAGGCCACGUCAACCGCAGCUUCGCUCAGUGGUCAACGGGCAGUGAUCUAAGCAGGAGGAGGCGCCCGUGCAAUACCCCCAGCCUCAUGACCAAUAACAAAACAAUAGGCCAUGUGUACCAGUGACCUGUGACUCGUGACCCCGUGGUGCCGUGACCGUGUGGCUGAUGCGUGGAGGGACAGACAGCGGUAGAGGAGUAGGUGGUAGUGGUGCGGUUAGCUCGGCCCGUUCCUGGUGCGGUGUUUGGCCAAAUGUCACAUCUUCCCCACUAAACAUGUGAGCCGGGUAGCGGUGCGUGUGUGCGUGUGUGUAUGUGUGCGUGUGUUUUUUCCCCCCUUUUCCUCUAUUAUUGAAAGAAGGAAGAGCGGAGAAAGAGCACCGGAUACUAAGGAAACGUAGAUACAGGAAGGAUGAAGUAAGAAGGAAGGAGAAAAACCGGUAUCUUUAGUGACUUAGAAACACAAAACAUUUAGAAACACCAAACUUCAGGCUUCCUUCACCUCCUCGUCAACGUCUCCUUCAGUGCUGCCAACCCAGCGUUAACUCCUUCCACCAGGACUGCCAACUGAAGCUAAAGCAGGAGUAAUAACAGGAAUAAGGACAAGGAAGAGGAGGGACAGAGAAAGAGGAGUAGGAGGAGGAUUAAAAACAUUCUAUAAGUGAUGUACAGGAGAAGCAGGAGAUGAACGAUGGAGGAUGAGGACGAGGUGGACCAGGAUCUACACCCUCCAUCUCUUCACUCUGCACUAAGACUAUCACGAGUGUGAUCAUCCUACAUCUGGCAACAUGGCGUCGGGGGAGACGGUCAAAGUUAUCGUACGAUGCCGACCAAUGAACAAAAGGGAGAAUGAUUUAAACUGCAAGUGCGUGGUGGCCAUGGAGGGUCUGAGCUGCAGCCUGCUGAACCCCGAUGACCCAGACUCAGGGGCCAAGACUUUCACCUUCGACGGCGCCUACUUCAAGGACUCAACCACUGAGGGGAUCUACAAUGAUGUGGCCUUUCCCUUGGUGGAGAGUGUCCUUGAGGGCUACAACGGCACAGUCUUCGCCUACGGACAGACGGGCUGCGGGAAGUCGUUCACAAUGCAGGGUGUUCAGGACCCCCCGACGCAGCGCGGUAUUAUCCCCAGGGCCUUCGAACACAUCUUUGAGGUGAUCCAGACAACGGAGAACAUGAAGUUUCUGGUGCUCGCGUCCUACCUCGAGAUCUAUAACGAGGAGAUCCGAGACCUGUUGGGCGUGGACACCAAGAAAAGGCUGGACCUCCAGGAACACCCGGACAGAGGGGUGUACGUGCAGGGUCUCUCCCAGCACCCGGUCCACAACACGUCGGAGUGCGAGGAGCUGAUGGACCGCGGCUGGAAGAAUCGGUCCACUGGCGCUACUCUCAUGAAUGCAGACUCCUCUCGCUCACACUCCAUCUUCACUAUCACGUUGGAGAUGAUGGAGACUACGGGGGAGGACGACGCCAUUCGGAGUGGGAAAAUUAGCCUGGUGGACUUGGCGGGUUCCGAACGACAAGCCAAGACUGGAGCAACGGGGAGCAGGCUAAAGGAGGCCACCAAGAUCAACCUGUCCCUGAGUGCCCUGGGAAACGUGAUCUCAGCGCUGGUGGACGGCAAGAGCAAGCAUAUCCCCUACAGAGACUCCAAGCUCACCAGACUGCUGCAGGACUCUCUGGGCGGCAACACGAAGACUCUGAUGGUGGCCUGCCUGAGCCCCGCCGAUAACAACUAUGACGAGACGCUCAGCACACUACGAUACGCGAACCGUGCCAAAAAUAUCAAGAACAAACCCAAGAUCAACGAGGACCCCAAGGACGCCAUGCUGAGGGAGUACCAGGAGGAGAUAAAGAAACUCAAGGAGCUACUCGACAAACAGGGCCCCCAGGAGACCAUCGUGUCAGUGGCGCCGGAUGAGAGCGUUCUACAGCAGGAGCGGGAGAAGGUGCGCCAUGAGUACGAGGAGCGGAUGCGGAAGAUGAAGGAGGAUAUGCAGGCGGAGCAGCAGAACAACGCCUUGCUGCAGGCCAACAUGGAGAACCUCAAGAAGCAGUAUGAGAGCAAAAUAAUGGAGAUACAGGCCAAGGAGAGUGAGCAACAACACCACCAACCACAACCACCACCACCACAACAUCAUCAGCAAUACCAGCAUCAGCAGCAACAACAACAACAACAACAACAACAACAACAACAACUGGAAGAUGAGUUUGUCUACGAGGACGACUUCGAGGAGGAGAGCCAGCCUGCAGGGGGCGCUGACGUGGCUCAGGGACCAGCGGGAGGCGCCUACAAGACCAUACCCAAGUCAGCUGUCUCUCAACCUCCACCACCGCAGGACAUGAUGAAUACUAUGCAAACGGAAGCACUGAAGAGACUGAAGGAGCUGCAAGAGAAGAUGGUGGGAGGAGAGAAGACGCAAGACACGGAACUGAAGGCGAAGAGGAACAGGCGCAAGAAGAACAUGGAGAAGCGAAUGAAGAUCCUCAGUGAGGCGCUAAAGAACGUGGAUGACGAGGACGGCGUGAUGCUCAAGGUGUACGAUGACAUUCACGAGGAGCUCAGAGUCAAGACCGAGCUGGCCAAGAGGCAGAAAGCGAAGCUCAAGGCAAUGGACAGGGAGAUCUCAGACCUGACCUCGGAGUUCCAGGAGGAGAGGACCGAUUACCUGGAAACAAUUAGGCGGCAGGAGCAACAGGUGAAGCUGCUCACGGCCAUCCUGGAAAAAAUCCAGCCCACGGUAAGGAGGGAUUGCAACUACAGCAACAUAGACGCGAUCAAGAAGGAGGCGCUGUGGGAGGACGAGUACCAGAGGUGGCGACUCCCUGACCUGCUCAUAGUGAAAACCAAACUCCCUCCUGCAGGCCCCUCCACCACCACCACCACCACCGGCACCAACAAUCUGUCUGACUCCCUCAACAAGUACAACGAAAAUCAAAACCCAAGCUUCAGCCUCAACAACAGCAGCUACAACCUCAACAACAACCUGAGCACCAGCAGCAGCAACAGCAGCAAUGGCACGUCCGGUCAGGCGCCUCAUAGCCGCAUCCAGCCAGGCGCACGGUUCCCUUCCCAAACGGCGCCGGCCAGACUUGGAAUGUGGGACGAUGAGGACGAUGACAACAUUCUAAAGCAGAAACUACAGAGAAGCGAGGAGGAGGAUAUCGCUGGGAACUACUUCAAGCCCAAGAAGAGAGCCAAUGAGCUGCUGGUGCGAUUCCAAGACGAUUGCGCCGUGGGCAGCAACAACACCACCACCACCAGCAAGAGAGGCGGGGCAGCGGGUAACCAUCUGACAGCCAGCCUGGGUCCUGGCGGCUGGUCCAACCCCGGAACUUUGAACGCUUCCAUGAACCACACCAAUGGUUCCUACAACACCUCAUGGGGCUCCAAUUCCUCUACCUCCAGUGUUGGCGGUGGUGGUGGCGGCGGUGGCGGUGGUGGUGGUGGUGGCGGCGGUGGUGGUGUAAUGAAUAAUGGGUGGUUAGGCAACGGGUUUUCUUCGAUCUCGCCAGAAAUGUCGAUGAGGCGGCCGACGAGACUCGAGGCGCUACCGACCAUCGACCGCAGGACCAGGAAGAAGAGCAAGGACGUUCUACACACACUCGACCUCAUAUAGCAGGACCGAGGAAAGAAACACCGUCAUCUGUGAUAACCAACACAAACAAACAAACAAACAAACAAACACACACACACACACACACACACACACACACACACACAAACGAAAGAAAAAGAUGAAACAAAGUAAGAAAACCAGAGUGACAUGCAAGAAAAAAAAAACGAUGAAUUAGAGUAAUACAUGCACAAGAGAGAGAGAGAGAGAGAGAGAGAGAGAGAGAGAGAGAGAGAGAGAGAGAGAGAGAGAGAGAGAGAGAGAGAGAGAGAGAGAGAGAGAGAGAGAGAGAGAGAGAGAGAAGCCUUAAGAGUGAUGCAUGGCAAGACUCUCCUCAAGAAUUAAGCGAGUUUCCCGUGCAAGCUCCGAAGGAAAACGGGAAACAAGUUGCUUAAUGGUGGAAGACUUAGGAGGUAAUUAGAGGAGGGUGGAAUACUUUCUCUCUCUCUCUCUCUCUCUCUCUCUCUCUCUCUCUCUCUCUCUCUCUCUCUCUCUCUCUCUCUAUCUCUCUCUAAAUCCUCUUUUCCCUCUCUUUUUAACGUUUAUUUCUUGUAAAAGCCACCUCUCUUGUUCUUGUUCUUCUUGUUCUUUUUAUUGUUCCUCUUCGUCCUUAUCCUCCCCUUCUCUACAAUAUAAUAACCUACAUUUCCAACAUUUUCUCUCUCUCUCUCUCUCUCUCUCUCUCUCUCUCUCUCUCUCUCUCUCUCUCUCUCUCUCUCUCUCUCUCUCUCUCUCUCUCUCUGGCAGGGGAAGGUCAGUAAUGUAAAUGUUACCUGAAGUUACCUCAGUGUGAAGUGCAAGUAACCGCCACCAAGCCCAACAGUGCCUAUAACAUUGUAGUUCCCUAACUGUACACCACGUUUUUUGCCUUUGUUUCCUUCUCCUUUUGUUACAGACAGACACACAGACACUCAGACACACAUACACAUACUCAGACACUUAAGACACUCACUCAUUUACACAUAGAUACAUACAUUAAUAAAAUCGUACUCA